AACCUGGGGAUUGAAGUUCAUCCCAAGACUCGUUGUAACCUUGGUAACCUGAACCUGAUACAUCAUUGGAUAUAGCACCACAACAGCAACACAAACAGAUAUCCAAUAUGGCGGUUUUGUCAGGAGAUAUCACGGCAAAUCUGCAAAGCCUUUCAUUUGACGCUGGUUUAAAUGCAGAAGAAAGGGAUAUACUUUACGUAAGGAAACGAAGCCAUGCUGUUAGGACAUGUAUGAUUGGUCAAGCAUGCUAUCUUGUUGCUAUCAUAAACGAAGGAAAAAGGUUGAUAUAUGAACAAGAGAGCUUGAAGACAAAAAAGGCUUGCCCAAAACCUUGGAAGGAAGUACCUAAACGAAGACCUUUAAAAAUUGGUAUUCUAGGAUGUGGUGCUAUUGGCAAAUCUUUGGUUGAGAAUUUUCAAAAGUAUUCUGAUAUACACGCAGAAGAAAUUCUGAUCUCAACAAGAAGGCCUGAAAAUUUAAGUGAAUUUUCCGAAGUUGGAAUAAGAUGCUUCUUUGAUAAUAAAAAGUUGGUUGAGUCAACUGAUUUAACAUUCAUGUGCUGUUUGCCAUCACAGAUUGACAGUGUAAUCGAGGAUAUUAAAGGCAGUAUUCGAUGUCUCUUAUACACAUUUGUCGCAGGAAUUCCACGAAUAAAGCUUUGCAAACUUUUGGAGAAUAGUAAUAUAAUUAAACCCGAGUUUAUAUUUGGAGGCAAAGAAGUGACCAAAAAAUCCCCUUGGAACUACAAGCAAAGCAUAUCACAGGCUUUGGAAAAUUCUUCAUUGUGUGAGGUCAUUUGUCCAGGGAGUAAGGACGACGCUAUCAUAAGGACAACAAGCAAGCUCUCUGAAUUAAUGAUUUACGUUCUAAUCAACAUGCUGGUCGUUAAUGGAUACUCAAAAAAUGAAGUUACAAAAUAUGUCAACUUGGUUGCGUUUGGCCCGCCAACUGACGAAAAAAGUACGUCCAUCACUGAAGACGACUUAUGGCAUGAUGACGUCUCUUCCAUACUCUGCCCUAUAACUGUGAAUGAAAGGACUUUUCAGAUUUUCGAUCUUGAUAAACUUCACUCUUUUACAACCAAAAUCGGGAGUAUAUUGGAAAGUGAUAACAAUGUACUGGCAACGAGGUUUCGGAAAAGACACGUUUCCCUGUUUGAUAAAUUCAACUCAUGGAAAGUACAGUGCGAACUUGUCUAAACCUGAUUGUUCGGAUAUUGUACAUGUGUAUGUAUAUAACGGCAGUUUUAGUUAUUCUCAAAUCGUGUAAAUAGAAGUUUUCAAGCAUUAUUUAAAGAACACCCUAGGUUACUGGUUUCCUGUUCAGCCUGUCUUCCCGAAAAUCUUUCGAAUCAUUUCAUGAGUAUUUACAAAUCUCAUCUAUAUUGAAAUAGAUUCAAUAUUGCUCAUCCAAAAUAGGUUUAUUCUUUCACCAUGUAAUAAUGUCAUUUUUAGCUCUUGCUUUAUUGUUUAUAAAUGUAAUUUUAUGAUGUUUAUGCUUCAUACACGUUUUCCAACAGUGAAGAAGACUUCCGUUGUAUCCCUCCACUUUCAACUUCUUAACAGAACUUAUUCACAUAUCCUUGGAGAUUUUUUCUUUAAGUUUUCAGUGAUGGAGAAUCGUUUCAUCGUUGUGUCUUGCAGUGGGUACAUUUUUCUGCUAUAACUUUUUCCAUACCUUGAAAGGUUUCUUAUCCCAGGGUUCGAUGAUUUUACCCCCAUCCUUCUAUGCAUGUGCACUGAUCCCAAUCUUCGUUGCUGCGAAAACCAGGCUUGAAAUCGAGACUAUCUGAUCUCACUUUAUCUGCAAACAAACCAUAUUUGGGAGACGGUCAUUUGUUGCAUGAGCCAUCCUCCUGUCUUUCAGUUAUGAUCAUGCAUUACAUCAACCUCAAUCAUUAUUGCGCACAUUUUUCUACUACAAGCACGGGGGUUGCCAAACGAGAAGACUCCACUUGCCGUCUUCUCAAUAAGUACCUUUUAUCACAGCAUACCCAACGGAGGUGAACGAAGUAUUGAUCUUCUCAGUAAUGACAUCACAAUGCUUACCAAAAGUUUACUGGUGUUUUGAUUUCUAUCCGUGAAAAGUACAACGCUGAUAAACAAGUUUGGUUGUAAAUGUAAAUCAGCGUUACUUGAUUUGUGAUCAAGGAACAAUUGAUGAAAAGUGUUAAAAUUUUGAUGUACAACAACCUGUCCUUUACUUGUAAUUGUGUAGUGUAACGAUGUAUCUGAUGUCAUUUAACAGGGUCGUUCCUAUAUCAACAGAAUUUAUAUGCUUUUGAAUAUCUGUGUUGCUUUACUUUCAUGACACCUUUAGUUCAUGCUAGCUGUUCCUAAAAUUUUCAAAUGAGGCCUCGUUUGGUAGCUUGUUUUAACCUGGAUGUAAACUAGUAUGAACAGUUUUGAAGUAGCUAGAUAGAGAUCAUGCAUCUGCUGAUUUCGAGAAACUGCUCACUUAUGUACGCUAAGAACCUAAAAAAGGACAGUUAAAUAUGGUUAAUUUAUUAUAAUCAUCAGCAGAAUUAAUCAAUCAAUUUUCUGAAGACUUCAUGGAUCUUGUUGACACUAGCUCUUAGUAUUUCUUUGCAGUUAUUUGCCUGUUACGUUUUGAUUCAUAUAACCAACCCACCCCCUUCCUUUAUUAAGAUAUAUGAUCUAUUAAGAUCCUCUCUCUACUUUCUAAAUGCUAUCUUGUAUUGUUGCUAUCGCUCUGAAUUUUGGCUAGCCAGGCGUAAAUACAUAUUUUUAUCAAAUGUUUGUUUGAAUUAAAUGUUUAAUGUUUGCAAGAAAUGAU